UUAUAAAAUGUGCUGAUCUACUGGAGACAGAUGAAUCUGAAUUGGUUUUCUGUAUUAAAUCCUAAAUACUUAUUCAAAAGAAUUUAAACAUGGACGAAUGCUGUGAGUUAAGUGUGUAGUGAUGUGACGGCUUAUAAACAUUAACAUUUACUGUGUAAAUUUGCGUAUUUCACGAUCAUGUAUUCCGGCAAAGAUGCCGCAAAUACUGCGUAUCCCACGCAGUGGGCAUUGAAUCCUACUGCAUACCAAAAUAUUGAUUCUAGUCAAGUUGACUGGGCUGCUUUAGCUCAACAAUGGAUAGCCAUGAAGGAAGCGGCGGCGAUUGUAACGGCGCCGCCGCCGCCUUCUCUGAAGGUUGAUGAGGAGGGCGAAGCGCCGAUGGAGGUUGAAAACCCGGAUAAUAAUGCUGAUGGACCGCCCGGCGCCGAGUGGAAUGCUGCUACGAACUCGUGGGGCGGUUCCUGGAACCAGUGGGGUUGGGGUUGGUCUGGUUCAGGGCCCGGAGACUCCAAAAUGCCACCAGACCCUGCUAUUGGUAUGCCUCCGAUGAUAGACGGGUACACCGUACCACCUGACUCUGCGGCACCAAUGCCUGGAUACACGACGGGCACGCCUGCUCCGACCUUCCAACAUGGGUAUUGGACCGCGCCACAAGUAGACCAAGCCAAUAACAGAAGCGGGAGCUCCAGUAGAGAUCGACGCUCUAAGAGCAAAAACAGAGAUCAUAAACCUGUUCGAACUUCUAGAACACCGAGAGACAAACCACCCGUAAUACCUCCAGUGAUCGAGCCGAUAGUUAUGCCGACGGCUAUGUCUACUCCAACUAUAGACGCUGCGAAACGGCGACAACUACCGGCAUGGAUAAGGGAAGGAUUGGAGAAAAUGGAACGCGAAAAACAAAAAGCUAUAGAACGAGAACAAGAAAAGAAGGCGCGAGAAGAAGCCGAGAAGGAAAAGAAGAGGCUAGAGGAGCUAGAACUAGAAAGAAUGAAAGCAGAGGCCGGAGGACAACCAGUGUUGCCGCCCAAGAGCAAAUUCGAAUCGGAUUCUGAAGGUGAGGAAGCGGAGAAGCCCGCGCCGGUGUCCAGCCCAGCGAAGGUGGAGCCCGCAGAGGAGGUGCCGGUCAAGGAAGAGCGCGAGGAACCCCCGCCCGCCAAGAGGAGUCGGGAGGAGAUCAUGCAAGAAGUGAUGCUUGCCGUCCGCCGCUCACUCACAGAAAUACUCCUUGAGGUGACUGACCAGGAGAUUCAAAUGGUGAGCCAGGAAGAAUUGGCACGAUAUACCACCCAUCAAGCGUCGCGCCUCAACGCCAUGAAAGCGAGCAAGUCGAAGGCACUGGCCGCUAUCGCCAGUGGUCUCGGGCUGGGCGCGUACGAGAGCAGCAGCGACGACAGCGAAGACGACGACCAGAAUGACCUGACCGACCAACAGCUGCAGGACAUCAUAAAACGCAAGCGUGUAGAUUUCGAGCGCACAACGCGGGAAAUUGAAGCGGAAGUCAGGCGAGCCGAGGCGAGGGAGGCGAAUGAAGAGCCUACCACGCCAGUUAACGCAAUUCCCGAACGGCCGCGACGUUCUCGGUCAUCCGCAACGCCACCUCCAGUGGACAGUGAAACCCCAGAUAAGUUACCAGAACGUCGCCCGUCUAAGGAUAAGAGAAACAACCACAAAUCAGAAAAGGUCGACGCGGCCAGGAAGUUAGAUACCAUUCUAGAGGAGAAACCUAGGAAGUCAAGUAAAAGGGAUCGUACGCCAAGUCCUCAUGCAAAGCAGUCUAGUAAAAACCACCAUCAUAAAGAAAGCUCACCUUCCACCAGUGACUCUGAGGAUGAUUCUUUAUCGAGUCACAGCGGAACAUCUUCAGAAACUGAACAUGAUACCUUAGCUGAAGCGAAAUCAAAGAAACGGAAACGUCGGGGCUCUAGCUCUAGUGGCUCUCGCAGAAAAUCAAAGAAAGAUAAGCAUAGAAAAGACAAGUCUCAUAAAUCUAGUGACAGAAGCUAUUCUAAAUCAAAAUAUUACGAGGAGCAUGAUCGAUCUGACAAAUCAAGAUCGAAAAAGAAAGAUGACUACUACGAUAAAUACAAAUCGUCUAGGAGUAGGGACUACGACAGACAUAAAGAUAAAUACAGGGAUGAUUCGGAAGAGGAACGUCCUAGGAAACGUACGAAGCGGUCGCGUUCAAUCAGUUACGAAUCGCGUUCGGGACGGAAGAAGGUAUCGCGGGAUCGGUCUGAAGAGCGCUCGCGCAAGCGGGACAGGCGGUCAUACGACAGGGACAGCUCGAAGCGGGACAGGUCAUACGACAGGUCGGGCAGAGACUACGACAAGUACGAUAGGUAUGAACGGUCUAGGGACUACGACCGGCGUCGAUCACGCAGCGGCAGUCACUCCCGUCAUCGCCGGUGAACAUCAGGUUACUGAUCCAACAGGUGGGAGCAAUCAGUAGUGCGUGCAACAGAUGUAAAUAUUAGUCCUUGUGUAUAGUAUUUUGGUGUGCACUAUUAUCGCGUAAUACUUUAAUAAAAUAUCUACUUCAUUA